UAGUAGGAGGAGGAUCAGAUCGAAUCUCGUUCUUCAGAUUGGCUAGCUGUACAGUACGAAUAUCCUGGUAAAAUAAACUCGCCGUGGCGGCAAUGAGAUGGUCACCACUUCGGCACUUCCCCAGACACCGGUUCACUGCCGUGCUCACGCCCUCGGAUUGAACGAACUGGUCCAAGACUCGGGAGUCGUCGCCUGCGUCAGCGCUGGGCGGGCGCUGAUCGAGGCCUUUGGUCGCCGGAGAUGGAGUUCGUGGCGUCCAUCGUGGACGCGGUGUUCCGGCCGCUCAAGGACUACUUCGCUCGGACGUUCGGGUAUGUCAUGUCCUGCGGCGACUACAUCGACAUGCUGGGCCACGAGAUGAACGAGCUCAAGAGCAAGCGCGACGACGUGAAGCGACUGGUCGACGUCGCCGAGCGCCGAGGCAUGGAGGCCACCAGCCAGGUCAAGUGGUGGCUCGAGUGCGUCGCCAGGCUCGAGGACGCCGCCGCCCGGAUCGAGGAGGAGUACCAGGAGCGCCUCCGCCUUCCCCCCGAGCAGGCGCCCGGUCUCAAGGCCACCUACCACCUCAGCCAGAGGGCCGACGAGAUGUUCACCGAGGCGGCCAGCCUCAAGGAGAAGGGCGCCUUCCACAAGGUCGCCGACGAGCUCGUGCAGGUCCGCUUCGAGGAGAUGCCCAGCGCGCCCGUCGUCGGCAUGGACGCUGUGCUUGAGAGGCUCCACGCGUGCGUCCGGCACGGCGACGUGGGCAUCGUCGGCAUCUACGGCAUGGCCGGGGUAGGCAAGACCGCGCUGCUGAACAAGUACAACAACGAUUACCUCGUCAAUUCGCCGGACAUCAAUGUCGCCAUUAACAUCGAAGUCGGCAAGGAAUUCAAUCUUGACGACAUCCAGAAAAUCAUCGGUGACCGCCUCAGCGUAUCGUGGGAGAACAGAACGCCCAAGGAGCGUGCGGGAGUACUCUACAGAGUGCUCAGCAAGAUGAAUUUUGUGCUGCUACUGGACGACCUCUGGGAGCCACUCAACUUCCAGAUGCUCGGAAUUCCUGUACCAAAGCACAAUUCCAAGAGCAAGAUCGUUUUAACGACGAGGAUCGAGGAUGUGUGCGACCGCAUGGAUGUCCGCCGCAAGCUCAAGAUGGAGUGCCUGCCAUGGGAGCCCGCUUGGGAGCUCUUCCGCGAGAAGGUUGGUGAACAUCUCGUGUAUUCCAGCACGGAGAUUCAGGAACAAGCGAAAGCACUGGCGAUGAAGUGUGGUGGACUGCCGCUCGCGCUCAUCACCGUUGGCCGGGCGAUGGCCAGCAAGCGGACAGAAAAGGAGUGGAAGCAUGCCAUCACCGUGCUAAAGGUUGCCCCAUGGCAGCUUCUUGGCAUGGAGAUGGAUGUUCUUAUGCCUCUCAAGAACAGCUAUGAUAGUUUGCCCAGUGACAAGCUAAGGCUCUGUCUACUAUAUUGCUCGUUAUUCCCAGAGGAAUUCUCCAUUUCUAAGGAUUGGAUAAUAGGGUACUGCAUCGGUGAAGGUUUUAUAGAUGACCUAUACACUGAGAUGGAUGAGAUAUAUAACAAAGGACAUGACCUUCUUGGUGUUCUCAAGAUUGCCUCUUUGCUGGUGAAAGGUGAUGAUGAGGAUCAUAUCAGUAUGCAUCCCAUGGUCCGUGCCAUGGCUCUGUGGAUAGCAUCAGACUUUGGCACAAAAGAAACCAAAUGGCUUGUUCGCGCCGGUGUUGGGCUGAAGGAGGCACCAGGUGCAGAGAAGUGGAGCGACGCCGAGCGGAUUUCUUUCAUGAGGAACAACAUUCUUGAACUGUAUGAGAAACCUAAUUGCCCCUUGCUGAAGACUUUGAUGCUACAAGUCAACCCUGCACUGGAUAAGAUAUGUGAUGGCUUCUUCCAAUUCAUGCCAUCUCUCAGGGUGCUAGAUUUGUCACAUACUUCUAUUCAUGAAUUGCCCUCUGGGAUCAGUUCAUUAGUUGAGUUGCAGUAUCUUGAUUUGUAUAACACAAAUAUCAAAUCACUUCCAGAGGAGUUGGGAGCACUGGUGACCCUGCGGUUCCUGCUGCUUUCACAUAUGCCACUGGAAUUGAUCCCAAGUGGCGUCAUAAGCUGCCUGAGAAUGCUUCAAGUGCUGUACAUGGACCUCAGUUAUGCAGACUGGAAGGUUGAUGAAAGUGGAAAUGGUGUUGAAUUCCAGGAGCUUGAAAGCCUACGCAGGCUCAAGAUACUCGAUAUCACAAUACAGUCGCUCGAGGCUCUGGAGAGACUGUCCUUGUCAUAUCGCCUUGCUGGCUCGACGAGGAAUCUGCUGAUAAAGACAUGUGCUAGCCUUACAAAGAUAGAGCUUCCUUCAAGCAGACUCUGGAAGAACAUGAACGGCCUCAAAAGACUGUGGAUUGUGAGCUGCACCAACUUAUCGGAGGUAAUCAUCGACGGGAGCACAGAAACUGAUCCCAGGUGUGCACUACCUGAUGUUAGCUUGCAAGCCCGUGGAGAUCUUUUAAAUGCCGAGCAGCCCAUCCUUCCAAACCUGCAAAAUAUCAUUCUUCAGGCGCUUCAUAAGGUAAAGAUCAUCUACAAAUCCGGAUGUGUUCAGAACAUAACAUCAUUGUACAUCUGGUAUUGCCAUGGGCUGGAGGAACUGAUUACUCUCAGUGACGAGGAACAAGCAACAGUAGCAAACAGUAGCGAACAAGCUGCAAGAAUUUUUAGAGACAUCACACCCUUCCCUAACCUCAAAGAACUGUACCUCCAUGGGCUGGCAAACUUCAGGGCGCUGAGCAGCAGUACGUGCGUUCUGAGGUUCCCCUUGCUGGAGAGCCUGAAGAUUGUUGAGUGCCCAAAGCUGAAGAAGCUCCAGCCAUCUGCGGGUAAUCUGAAUGCGGUACAAUGCACAAGGGAGUGGUGGGAUGCGUUGGAGUGGGAUGACGCUGAAGUCAGAGCGUCUUACGAGCCACUGUUCCGUCCACUGCACUGAAUCCAGUUGUAGUUAUCAGUUCCUGUCACCUGCUACCGUUUGCUUCUCUGAGCGUUGUGUAGUUCAAGGGCUGUGUUGCCGCACUUGUAUGAUCUUAUGAGUUGUGCGGAUUUACCCUUUUUGCACAGACCAUGUUCUACACACGUGUCAGGUAUGGCAGUAGAAAAACUCAGGCCAGUGCUACUGGAGAUGUAGAUGUAGCUAGUGAAUUCGGAGCAGCGACAAUUUUUUUUGUAAAUUUUCUUCUUUUGAUUAUACAACGAUGACUUGUCAUUCACAAACGGAUCAGAUUAUAAGUUCAUAACAGCAUGAUUGUGUAAGACUUAGAUCCGAGUGACUGAAUCUGACAUUAUGCACACGUCUUUCAGGACU